ACGUUCCUGUGCACGCAGUGUUGAUAAUCUCCGCUCCGCGCUGGAAUUACGCCAAAUAAUCAUAAACCGGCAAUAAAGCAAGGCAAGUGCCCAUAAAUUAUAAGUUAUCUCAUAAGCGUCUGACCCUGGAGCAAAUAUUCACCGUCUACUCAUUUUAAUUCAUUAUUAAAACAUGUGCAGCAGGAAUAUUCCUGCAUUUCACAAACCUAACCUGCUGCUAGACACAAACAAGCAGUAAGCCGGCAGCGGUCGUUUGAAAUCCACGCGGUAAUUUAAUUAAUAAAACUUCAAUCCGAAUCGAUUGCUAGUUGAACGUAAGUGAAUUAUGCGAGUAGUCGUCAUGAGUUCGCUGCAGAAGAGUGUUUUCGGUUCUGAAUUAACAAUAUUAUCUAAACUCGGAAAUAAGUUGUACAUUUUCGAUUGAUUUCAACGCGGAUUUUAUAAAGUUUUCCGCCAUUUGCGCGAUAUACAGCGAUGAAUUUCCUCCUGUAUUUUUUACUGUUGAUCUUAACAUGGGGAUAUUAUUUCGUGGUAUACCUCCAUAUUGAUUGGAGUUGGUUUCUACCUUCUUAUAAAAACAGCCAGUAUGUUAAACAGUUUAGUGAUAUUCAAGAAGAGUACGAUUACGUUAUUGUUGGUGGUGGUACUGCUGGUUGUGUACUCGCACAUAGAUUAUCUCAAAAUACUUCUUUGAAAGUCCUACUUCUGGAAGCAGGACCUCUGGGAGGUCCUUUUCUGGACAUACCUGGAAUUUUAGCUCACCUUCAACUAUCCGCGGUGGAUUGGAAGUAUAAAACAACGCCUCAACAAAACGCUGCUCUGAGUUUUGAUGAGGCGCGUUCAAAUUGGCCGCGCGGUAAACUCCUCGGUGGUACCGGACGACUUAAUAACAUGAUGUUCAUUCGGGGUCAUCCUGAAGACUAUCGUAAAUGGUUCCCCAAAAAUUCCCACCUUCAAAAUGAUCAUGAAUUAGAACGGUUUUUGAAAUAUUAUUGGAAACGCAGUGAGAGUCAACAGGGAAGAUAUCAAAAUGACACUGAAUGGCAUGGAAGUGAUGGUCCGCUCAUUGCAACUGAUCAAUACUAUCAUACCAACUUGAGUACGCACCUCGAACAAGCCUCCCUAGAAAUGAACAUAACAAAACGCGAUUUGAACGUGUUUCAUACCGGUUUUGACCACCCUCAAGUAAAUGUCAAAAAUGGUGCAAGGUAUUCCACCGGUCACUUUCUACUGGAUAAAUUACAUGACAAGCCAAAUCUGCACCUGGUGACUCACGCUGAAGUGUGGAAAAUUAAUUUCCUCGACGAUUAUGAAGCUUCCUCGAUUGUAGCAGUGUCACAGAAGACUGGAGAGACCAAACAAGUUUCGGCUCGUCAUGGGAUCAUUUUAAGUGGUGGGACAAUCAACACCCCGAAAAUUCUUCAAUUGUCUGGUGUAGGGGAUGCGAAACAUUUAAGUUCACUGGGAAUACGAACAGUUGUGGACUUACCUGAAGUUGGAAGGAAUUUACGCGAUCAUGUUGGAGUAGGCGUGGAUCUAAUCCAACUAAAAUCCUCUUUGGAGUUGAAUACUUACACUUUACUCAAUCCUAUAACUAUAUUUGACUAUAUCUUUCGGGGGAUAGGUCCGUUGACGACAAUAGAAUGCGAGGGUAUGUUUAUUGGGCAUAUUGACUGCCUCCUGGACAGUACCCGCAAACAGGACGACUUUGAAACUUGUGAGAAGGACCUAAGGGACACGGUACCAGAUUUUCAGGUUCUUGCUGCUCCACUAGGGGUCACCACAGAUCUCGGCGCGCAUUUAUACACCACCAUUGGACUUAAACACUCUGUAUACAACGAGCACUACAAAGCACUUCAUGGUAAACCUAUUAUAAUGCUCCUUACAAUAAUCCUUCAUCCAAAAAGCAUCGGUUAUGUCCUUAUAGACUCCCCGAAUCCCUCCAUACCACCAUUAAUGAAUCCCAACUAUCUUCAACAUCCAACGGAUAUGGAAGGCAUGCUGAAAGGUAUCCGCUUCAGUCAGCAAGUGGUAAAGACACCGUCCUUUCAAAAACUCGGCGCUAAAUUUGAUUCGCGCCCAUUUCCGGCAUGUCGCAUGCAUGAGUAUGAUUCGGAUGCAUAUUGGACGUGUUUCAUUCGACACACCACGCUGACUAUCUAUCAUCCGAUUGGGACAGCUGCACUGGGCACGGUGCUUGACUACAACUUCCGGGUGAAGGGUACCAGCAAACUGUUCGUUGCAGAUGCGUCCGCCAUUCCGGAUUUGGCUAGUGGUAAUCCAAACGCAAUGGUUGUAGCUCUAGCUGAAAUUGCAUCGGAUUAUAUAAAACAUGAAUUGAUUUUGUCGACUGGGUUCUGUGAUAUUCUUGAAGUGUUCAUUCAGAAAAAUUCGUUGUUUCACAUUUGAAUAAAUGUAAAAGGUUCAAAGUA